AAAUAGUGGCAAUUGUUAUUAUGUAAUAUCUUAAAUAGGUUUUCUUUUUAUCUUUCUCUACAUAGAGAAAGUAGUUCUAAAUGUUGUUUUCGCCAUAACCAACCAGAUUAUAAUGAAAAAAUUUGCAAGCAUUUGGUGAAAUUGUAGCAUCUUACCUUAAUAUAAUGGCUACACAAAGUGAUAGCGUAACUAAUUUCGAUGAAGAUAAUGUAUCCGAGGAUUUGGACACUAAGCAAAAUGAAGAUGCACCAGCUGAUGAUACUCCGUUGACCCGUAAGGAUAAAAUGAAAAUAAUUUUAAGCUCGUACUGGCGUGGUCUUGUAUGUGUUGUAACUCCGAUUAUUUUGAUACCGAUUCUUCUUUCGUUUCCUACUGAGAAAUACCAAUGGUGUGCUUAUACUUUGGUGUUGAUGGCUGUUUAUUGGGUAACUGAAUGUAUCCCAUUACCUGUUACUUCUUUCUUACCGAUAUUCAUAUUCCCUCUCACAGGAGUUAUGAGUACGACUGCUUGCUGUUUGUGUUAUAUGAACGAUACAAUUAUGAUGUUUCUUGGUAGUAUGAUUAUUGCUUAUGCAGUGGAACAAUCUGGCCUUCAUAAGCGCUUGGCUCUCUGCGCUAUUCGUGCUAUUGGUUAUUCGCAUUACAGGCUAUUAUUUGCAAUGUGUUUCAUCACAAUGUUUAUCUCCAUGUGGAUAACAAAUACUGCGGCAACAACUUUGAUGGUUCCUAUUAACUUCGCGGUGCUGAAAGUAUUUGAAGACCAAAACCUACUAACCAUUUAUGACGUAAAUAGUAAUGGUGAAAAAAUUGCAUCGGAUAUAACCACAUGUUAUUUUUGCGCAGCAACUUUUUCAGCUACAAUAGGCGGUAUUGGUACCUUAGUAGGAACGGCCACCAACUUUGUUUUUAAGGGAUUAUUUGCAAAGGCGUAUCCAAAAGCUCCAGAAUAUUUAUCGUUCCCAAAGUUUUCUGCAUUUGCGAUUCCCUACAUGUUACUGAUGGAAGCAGCUAUGUAUAUUUAUCUAAUCGUUGUAUACUUUGGAUUUUUAAGGCCAAAGAGUGAAACGGCUCAAAGCUCGAAGUUGCCAGCCUCAGGCAUUGACGCUGCGAAAAGGGCGGUAAAUGAGGAUUAUGAAAAGUUGGGGAAAAUUACGUAUUGGGAAAUUAGUGUUAUUCUGUUGUUCUCGUUAGCGAUAUCUUUGUUCUUUUGCCGUUCGCCGCAAAUAUUUGUUGGAUGGGGUGAUCAAAUUAAUAACUAUUUUGGAUUGGGAAAUAAUAAAUUUGUUCAAGAUUCGUCUGCAGCAAUGUUGAUUGCUUUUUUGAUGUUUCUUCUGCCCUCAACGUUAGGAUUCUUCAACAAUUGUAAAGCUAAAGAGUAUGGUGACUUCCCAAAAUCAAUACCAUCCGUUCUUCAAUGGAAACCUAUGAACACCAUCUUGCCGUACAGCUUUAUGUUCCUAUUAGGUGGUGGAUUUGCCCUGUCCGAAGCAGCAAAAGAAGAUUACACUGACUUAAAUGGAAAAAUUGGCACAUUUUUGAGAAAUUUCAGACACUUGAGCAACGGAUCCAUACUUUUGCUGAUAAUUAUAUUUACCGUGUUUAUCACUAAUUUUGCAUCCAAUGUUGCUGUAUGUAACGUCAUCGCGCCUAUCGUUAUGCAGUUGGCAAAAGAGAUUCACCAGAAUCCACUAUGGUAUAACAUAGCUGCAGGUUAUUCAGCUUCCUACGCCUUCUGUCUUCCUGUCGGGACUCCGGGGAAUCUCAUAGUUCAGAGUGUUGCGAAUAUUCCUACUGCAAAAAUGAUUAAAGCAGGCCUUGGUCCAACCAUCACUACGAUAAUUCUCACGUGGAUUUUCGUGUAUUUCUGGGCUCCUGUUAUUUGGCCUGAUCUUCACUAUGUUCAAGAUUGGAUGCAAGAUACGAGAAGCAAAUUUAUGUACUAAUGCAUAAA